AUGGAGGCCAAGAAGACGGUGGUGGGAUUAGACACGGGGUGUGGUGUGACCAACACUGAGUUGCCAAUGGCCAACCUCAUACGCCUAAUGAAGAAGGUGCUGCCAGGAAAAGCAAAGAUUGGGGGAACAGCCAAGGGUCUCACCCAUGACUGCGCGGUGGAGUUUGUCGGGUUCGUCGGCGAUGAGGCCUCUGAGAAGGCCAAGGCAGAGCACCGCCGCACCAUAGCGCCAGAAGACUAUCUGAGCUCGUUCGGCAACCUCGGCUUCGACCGCUACAUCGAGCCCAUGCAAACCUACAUCAAUGGUUACCGUGAGUUUGAGAGGUCUGGCGGGAAUAGGAGGGUGACAUCUCCAAUGACACCAACGUCGAUGAUGCCUGAGGGACCGACAUUCACUAACACAGAGCUACAGUUUCUCCGAUCGGUGAUACCCUUAAGUGAUGAUGAAUCUAAUGGCUAUGACUAUGGCUAUGGUUAUGGCAAAAACAUGUGA